GAGGAAGUAGUGCUGUGUUACAAUUAGAAAACAACAUAUAAGAGGAGAGAUACGGACAGAAGAGGAGAACAGGGACUGCAGAGAGACCAAAAGACUUCCAGAGUAAAGCUUUAAAGUUGUUGUUUUUUAGUAAUGAAGUUUGGUGAUGUGCAACUUUCUACUGCACUGACACACAAAAGGAUUAUUCUACUUGUGAGGUCACCUCUGAGGACGUGAUCCGACAUUCAUCUACUUCAUCAGCUCCAGAUUCCAGCCGGCACUCUACCUCUAACAUCAUCCCCAACAUGAGUGAUGACGCGGAGAGACACAGGCGCGAAGGGGGCCACAGCCAUGGAGCCAGACAGGCCCCCAACGUCAAACCAAAUCUUAGCCAGAAAGAGAGGAACAGCAAGGAGGACAUGUGGAGGAAGGAGAAGCCUGCAAAAGUGAGGAGAUCGAGGAGUAUUGACUCGGAGAGGGUGGAGAGAAGCAGGAGGCGAGAGCGAGACCGGCACCAUGGAGAGAGGAGGCAGCGUGGGAGGAGUGAGGAGGCCCGGGGACGAGACAGGAGAGAGAAAGACAGCGACAGGAGGAGGCCGCAAGAAGACGAUGUGGACGAGACUGAGUGCGCUGUGUGUUUCUGCUCGUACGAUAACAUCUUCAGGACGCCAAAGCUGCUGGCGUGUGGGCACACCUUCUGCCUGGAGUGCCUCGCUCGCAUCAACGUGACCUCUCCUGAGCUCAAGACCCUGUCGUGCCCUGUGUGUCGUGAGCUGACCGAGCUCCCCCACGGCCAGGACUUGCCCCGCCUGGGCAACAACGAGGAGAUCAUAGGCAAGCUGCCACCAGACAUGCAAAGGGCCCUGUCCAUCCGAUUCAAGCGCAGCAAGGGCAAACUGCUCCUGAAGAACCCUCCUCAGAGCAUCCCGACCAGGACUAAUAUCCUCGCCCUGCCUAAAAAGAGCAACGAUGGCCAGGCGACAGGAGGGGGUGAUCUCCACCUGAGCGCACUGGAGCAGGGAAUUGUCCCAACCACUGUGGUGCACGUAGGAAGGCCUCCAAGCAGGGUCAGAGGUCGCCUGCGCAGGUUGUUCCGCUCGGACCAGUGCUACUACAUCGUGGUGGGGACAAUCAUCACCAUCACUGUGGCGCUCAUGCUGGUGGGGGUUCUGGCCUUUGUGAUCAUACCGAAUGUCAUUCAACGGAGGCCUGAUCAAGCAUUGAACCAAACGACACAAGGUCCCCCAGCUCCAUCCAAUAUAGGGUCGAGACCCUGAGGGGAGUCAGGGGUGGACAGGCUGUAGAGAUGAGUCUAAAGCGGAGGGAGAGAUUAUCACACAAAACUUGUUGUGACUCUCAGUGAUCCUUUUGCCCUCAUUUGUCCUCCUGGUGAAGGAAAAACAAAACACUGGGACGUGGUCAGGUCAUGUUCAGUGAAGUGAAGAAAUGAAGGAAAAUAAGGGCAGCAGCAUUUUUUUUUAAAGAGGACCUAUUAUGCUUUUGUGCCUUUUCCCCUUUCCUUUAGU